AUGGAACUCUCCAAUGGGCUGAUCAAACUCACCAACCUGAAAUUAUUGAGUCUUGCUGGGUGCAACCUUGCCACAGUUCCUGCUGCUGUGAUGAAACUUCCGCAGUUGGAAACACUGAUCCUAAGUAACAACGAGAACAUCACCCUGCCGGAUGACAUGUCCGGUCUCGUGAACCUCACUGCCAUACACUUAGAUUGGUGUAACCUGGACUCACUACCACCUGUAGUGCUGAAACUGUCACAUCUCCGUUCUCUGGAUCUGAGUGGUAAUGAGCAGAUCUCCCUACCAGAUGAGUUGUGUCGACUGGAGAAUAUAAAGGAGCUGAGACUAUAUGCAUGUUUCAUGGCGACUGUUCCACCGGCAGUCCUGAAACUCACCCAGCUGGAGAAACUGAACCUCAGCGGGAACUGGGGGAUCCACCUGCCGGAUGGGCUGUCCAGGCUCACCAACAUCCGGACGUUACCUGCGGAAGUUGGGCAGCUCACUAAAGUUAAACACUUGGAUCUGUCCUACUGCCAGCUGCACACACUCCCACCUGAAGUGGGGAGACUGACACAGUUAGAACGGCUGGACCUACGCAAUAACCCGAUACAGACGUUACCUGUGGAAGUUGGACAGCUCACUAACAUCAAACACUUGAAACUGUCCCACUAUGCCUUCUACCUUUUAUUGGUGAACCUUGAGACAUACAGCUGCAGUGAACAGUGUUACACAGAAACCGUGGGGUUUUGGUUGGACACACUGAAUGCCCGCGUGCCGGGGGCGGUGGUGUCAUUGGUUGGAAAACUUUCGUUAGAGAGACUAGAGCCAGUUCUGUCUUACCUGCAGCAGGUGGGAACCAUCCUCAGGUACACGGACAUACCGGAACUCAAGGGGCUUGUCUUCCAUGAUCCUCCUGCCUUAAUCGAGAUCUUCAAAGACCUGUUCCAUCAUGAUACCAAAGCACUUUUCUCAACACCCAGAUUCGCUAACUUGACUUCUUCCCAGCUAAAAACGUUCCAAUCAGAUAUUUCUGACCGCGGACUGAUCCAGAAGGAAGUCAUGACGCGUCUGUUGCCAUCUGACAUCAACCUUGACAUUGUUACAGCGCUGAUGCAAAACUUUGGCCUGUGUUUUGAGAUACAAGACGAAGCGGACCCUUCCAAGCACAGUUGUUUAUACAGAAUCCCCUGGUACUUGCAGAAUCAAAUGCCAGAGGAGUUGAUGAGUGUCUGGCCAGCAAAUGUACCAGACGAACAGGAACAGCUACAGCUGAUGUGUGACAUCAGAGGAUUCUGUCCCCGGGGACUGUUUCAGAGGUUCAGUGUUGGGAUCCAUCCUCUUGUCAAGGACAGGACAGACUGGAAAGACGGAGUCAUGGCCUACAGACAAGACUAUCACGUACUAGUGUGUUCCAAACCUGCUGCAGGCGAUACUUACAUCACCAUGGCAACUAGAGGCAGACCUGACCAGGCAGGUGAGAUGUGGGGCGUGGUCCACCCACUGCUGGAGGUGCUGGUCCAGCUGCUGCGGGAGUGGUCAGGUGUGCUGUACUCCCUCCACGUCACCUGUGCGCACUGCAUCAAGGCAAGGCUGGACAACCCGCACCAGUACAACCUGAGGGACCGGACUGCAGAUGACGGCCGUGACGUCAGGUGCCCCCACCCCGAGGUUAAGUAUACAGCGUCUACUUCAGCUGACCUUGUGUACAGACCAGGUGGAAUCCGAGGAUGGAAACAGAAUUUUAGAGCACUUCAAGGUUCCUCGACUGUUAAUGCUGAUGUUUCAGGGUCGCCAGGAGGUGAUUUCAACAGGUUGAGGUGGCUGCUAACAGAAGUGAAAGUAAAAGACGACGCAUAUGAUGACCACUACAACAGACUUGCAGCACACGUGACUGAGUUGGGUCUGAGAUUCCGGCCUGAGGUACCAGGAGACGGGAACUGCAUGUUUCACGCCGUGUCUGACCAAGUUUUUCUCACCGAGGGAAGAAACAUUGAUCAUCUAACGCUACGUGAACAGGCAGUCGACCAUUUGAGAAGGAAUCCACGCAACGCUCGUGGCGACCAUCUUAGCGACUUCAUUCCAAACCAAACCUGGGAGGAGUACCUGGACACCAUGUCACGUGACGGGACGUGGGGAGACCAUGUCGUCCUACAGGCCAUGGCGGACAUGUUGGGUCGUGACGUCAUCAUCGUGUCCAGUGUAGAAGCGGACAACUACGUCACUGUCCUACAUCCCCAGUCACAGACGUCACCUAGGAUUUCGCUGCUUUUGGGUCACUAUGCGGAGAACCACUAUGCAAGUCUUGACGGUUCUGGUGUACCUAUAGUUUUGUUGCUCAACGACGAGUAUGGGACAUCGAAGGGUGGAAUUUCUACCAUCAACUGCCAGCUGGGCCAAAUCCUGGUCGCAGCCAAGGCAGUCGUGUAUUGUACAGCACUGCGUGUGCCGAAACAAGACCAGGAGGCAGCAGACAGAGACGGCGUCAAACUGAUCCAAGCAGUUCAGCUAGACAAGGAGUCAGUGCCAACACUAGACUGGCUAACUAAGUACCAUAGUGUUCAUUACCCAGGCCUUCCUCUGCAUGUCACCUGUAUCAUCGGCCACGCUGACAUCACAGAUACGGCGGCACGAAACAUCUGGGAACAACGAUAUCCACAGGCAGACCUCAUGACGUUCAACCACGUCCUACCCGAGGAUACAGAGUACUACAAGGGGGGUCGGAAGGCCAUGAAAGCAUGGGAGAAAGAGAAGGACAUGCUUGAUAAAUGUGACAAUGCAAAAGCAGCUUUCUCAGUUGGCAAGCGGAUCUACGAUCACUUUGACACCAUGUACAAGGGGAAGAAGAAACCAAAGAAUCACCAGAUUUUCCUCCCGAAGCCGUCCAAGAUUUUUCUCGACGCCACAGUGAGACCUGGAGGAGAACAGAAGGUCGUCCUGUGCAUCGGCAGGGUGAGGAAGGUGGAGAAGCUGAAAGGUCAUGACCUCGUAGCACAGUCCAUGAGGGAUGUGGUGAAGGAGAUCAAGAAUGUCCGGUUGCGCGUGCGCGGCAUCAGCGAGGAUGAUUGGGAGACGAGCCAGAAGAUCCUGGAAGACAACCUGAACAGCCCCGAUCUGAACCCCACCCUCCUGCCGUACGGAACACAGGAGGACAUCAGGGACGACAUGAUGACAGCCCACCUGGUCCUGAUGCCGUCCCGCUCCGAGCCGUUCGGACUGGUCGGUCUGGAGGCUAUCGCGGCGGGCAUCCCCGUCCUCAUCUCCGACAAGACCGGCCUGUCAGGGAUGAUCCUCGAUCUGAUCGAACAGAAGAAACUGAGUGCAGAGCACAGGCACGUCAUCGUGGAGACCAGCGUGAAUGACUUCGAUCGAGCCGGAGACGCGAAGAGGUGGGCAGACAGAAUCGUGGAUAUCCUCAACCACAGCGACUCGGAGUUCGAGAAAGCUGCCCGGUUGAAGCGGGAGCUGGUGGAGUCCAGGUACUGGGAGGAAUCCCACCGCACCUUCCUGCAGGCCUGCGGCAUCCCCGCUGGAGCUGCAGAUCUGUAGAGGUCAAGGGGCAACAGUCGAAGCGGUGAUGCAGUAAUUGUCCUGAUAUGACCAGAGAAACCACACGGCCGACCGGACACAGUAACUGCUCAUGGGGACCCUUAAGCCUGGCUACGGAUCUAAACGUCAUCACUGAAGUGAGAUAAUUCAAGCGAUCUUCACCCGGAGUACAGGCAGCAUCAGGAAGGAUUUACUGAGACUACAUUGACCAAUAUGUAAAACUUCCUAUGGGAGUAGUUUGCCUAAAUAAUUACAGCAUGUUGUUGCAUUUUCUUGGACCAUUUCCCAACAGUAAAGAGUAGAGCUGUGGGAAAAUGCGAAAUGUCUCAUUUUUUGAGAUGAAGAACUUUUAUUCCUGUGAAUAAAGCAAUAAAUCUUCA